AUGGAGCCCCAUCACCCAGAGUCGGCCGAUGCGGGACGGAUGCGUCGUCGACUACAAAUAGUGCUGCCUGCCACGGUCAUUUUCGGUGGGCUCUAUCUUCUUUACUCCUCCCCAUGGGUCCUAAGUCCUGAAUCUUUAUUAUCCUGGCUUGAAUGGCACUCUACCCGUGCUGGUGACCAUCUUUCCUCUGCUCCCGAUUUCAGUCUCCCCCGAAAACUGCUUGGUUCCACUGAAUGGUCUCGUCCCUCCGAAGCCGACGUCCUUCAAACCAUAAGGUCCUCCACCAUCACCUCCUCGAUCUAUAGCGCUCUAAUCCUUGGCUCUCUCGCCCUCUCUGCCUACACGAUCGCGAACUGCCUCCGCCCGAACCCCGCCACCCGCGACCAAGAAACCCUCUACAUCCGCGCCCUCCGCCGCCAAUACCUCGACUCCGGCAUCUGCCCCGUCUGCGCGCGCGACCUGCUGCCCGCGCUCGCGGCGCUCGUCAGCGUCACGGCCGCGCAGGCGACCCUGGUUGACACGCUGUUUCCGCAUCUGCUGAUCCCCGUGCAUCAUAAGUAUCCGGAUACGGCGUAUGGGACGCAGUUUUUUGGGGAGGUGGGGACGUAUCCGAACGGGGAUGAGAUGGGGCACUUGGUCGACAUGGUCAUUCUCUUCGACAUGCCCGACGACUUCAAGCGCAACACCUACCACCACUGCAGCGUCGCCUUCCACCUCGACAACGUCACCGACAACUGGAGCGUCGAACCCCCCGAGCCCGCCGACGCCCGCUACUCCUUCCUCGUCUACCAGCUGCAGACGCUGCCGGACAUCAACGACACCUGGAACACGGCGCGCAGCUUCGGCGAGCGGCCGGCCGCGUCGAUCCAUAUUAGUCCCGGCGGGGAGGUCGUGGUGGAGAGCGAUCAGUUGGCGUGUGGUGGGGGAGAGUGGGAUACGGCGAGUUUUAUUAUGAUUCCGACGGAUGAUCGGGCGAAGGUGUGGUGGUAUGAACUGUCGGAUCCGGUUAAUGGGAUUACGUAUCAGAUGUUUGAGUGAAGGGGCCUCGAUAAGAAGGCUUUGGCGUACGGGCGAGAUAUGGUUGUUUAAGGAGAGCAUGGACAGGGCUGAGAAUGUUAGGGUAUGGGUUAAUUAGUGGAUUGAGG